CGAUGGUCAGUGCAGAAAUCUACCUGCAACACAGGACGCUGGAAAACUACUGAGAGACAGCAAUGUCCUCCCUGCUGCUCGGAGAGAAAGGAAGGAUGCACCUUCAGUUCAAAUACUGUGCUUGGUGACCAUCCUGUGGGAUCCUGAAUGCUGUGUCCAGUGUGCCUCCCAGCCCCUGCAGACAACAACUAGGAGAUGUUCAUGACUGUAGCAGGAACCAGUAGUGAUACACAGGCACAAAGGUGAGCCGAGGGACCGAGCUGGGACAACGAGACCCACAGAAGCACCUGGAGAUGGGGACCAGUGUGGCAAUGGGCAGCAAAAAGAAAGCAAGGAGAUGUACUAUAAAACGUGAGAGGAAGGGUUGUCUCUAAGCCAGAGGGAUUCCUCCAUACGAGCACCUAACUUCAUGAGUCCCUCUCCAAGAUGCCAGAGACCUGGUGAUGUGGGACCAGCUUCAGCCACCCAGGCCUUGGUAGUAGUCCCCGGCCGGUGGCUGCCGUGCACCGUGGGCACCGAGGUCUGCUUUCUCCACAGACGCUUCCCCCCUGUCUCCAAGCCAUGAGGAGAAGGGAGAGGCGAGCAGAGCUGCUGAAGAAGCACUAGCCCACGUCUUCCUGGCUCCCGCCCCAGUCUCCGCUUCCAGCAGACCAGGAACCCCUCCUCCACGCCGCCCUUCCAGAUGGCAGGUCGCCGGUGGGCUGUGACAUCAGCCCUCUGCAUAUGCGUGGCAGCCAUCUCUCUCCUGCACACCAGCGGGGUGCAGGCAGACUGCUGGCUCAUUGAGGGGGACAAGGGCUUUGUCUGGUUGGCCAUCUGCAGCCAAAACCAGCCCCCCUACGAGUCCAUCCCCCAGCAGAUCAACAGCACCAUCGUGGACUUGCGGCUGAACGACAACAAGAUCAAGAGCGUGCAGUACGCCUCGCUCAGCCGCUUCGGCAACCUGACAUACCUCAACCUGACGAAGAACGAGAUCUCCUACAUCGAGGACGGUGCCUUUUCAGGACAGUUCAACCUCCAGGUGCUGCAGCUGGGUUACAACCGACUGAGGAACCUCACCGAGGGCAUCCUCCGGGGCCUGGGGAAGCUGGAGUACCUCUAUCUCCAAGCCAACCUCAUCGAGACCGUCACCCCCAAUGCCUUCUGGGAAUGCCCCAACAUAGUGAACAUUGACCUGUCCAUGAACAGGAUCCAGAGACUCGACAGCAACACUUUUCGGGGCCUGAACAAGCUCUCUGUCUGUGAGCUCUACAGCAACCCCUUCUACUGUUCCUGCGAGCUCCUCGGCUUCCUGCAGUGGCUGGAGGCUUUCACCAACAUGACGCGCACGUACGACCGGAUGCAGUGCGACUCCCCGCCCGACUACAUGGGCUACUACUUGCUGGGCCAAGGCCGGACUGGCUACCGCAACGCCCUGAGCAUGCUCUCUUCGCUCUGCACCGGUGGCUCCUACACUGUGAUCCCUCGUUUUUUCCCUCCCAGGUACCAGGUGACCACGGUGCCCUCCGAAAGCCCCUGCUCUGAGGAGGAGUGCUCCUCUGGCGACGGCACGACCCCCCAGUUCUCUCUCUUCACGCCCAUCGGUGAAACAGAGGUGCGCCCCAACAUCCAAGUGAAGCACCUCAACCACAACUCGGCCGUCCUCACCGUGCAGAUCCCCUAUCCCUUCAGCAAGAUGUACAUCCUCUCCCAGUUUGAAAACGGCUUCUCCUCCAUGAUCACCAAGCUCAGGAAGAAGGAGGAGAACAUCACCGUGAGCAACCUAGUAGCACAAAGAGAUUACACCUACUGCGUAGUCUCUGUCCACCAGUACUCCAAGUACAACCACACCUGUGUCACCAUCACACCCACCAGACCCAACCGCAAGGAGCCAGUGCCCACCCCUUCCACUGCCACCCAUUACAUCAUGACAAUCUUGGGCUGUCUCUUUGGCAUGGUGAUCGUCCUGGGCGUUGUGUAUUACUGUCUCCGGAAGAGGCGCCAGCAGGAGGAGAAGCACAAAAAGGCUGCCGGCAGCAUGAAGAAGACCAUCAUUGAGCUGAAAUAUGGGCCAGAAAUGGAGACCACCAGCAUCACCCAGCUGUCCCAGGGACAAAUGCUGGGUGGGGAGACGAUGACCCGCAUCCCAUACCUGCCUUCUGCUGGCGAGGUCGAGCAGUACAAGCUGAUUGACAGCAGCGAGACCCCUAAGGCCACCAAGGGAAACUACAUGGAGGUGAGGACGGGCGAGCAGCCCGAGAGACGAGACUGUGAGCUGUCCCUGCCGCCAGACACCCAGAGCUCUGUGGCUGAGAUCUCCACCAUUGCCAAGGAGGUGGACAAGGUGAACCAGAUCAUCAACAACUGCAUCGAUGCCUUGAAAUCUGAGUCCACCUCCUUCCAAGGGGUGAAAUCGGGGGCAGUCUCCACGGUAGAGCCUCAGCUGGUGCUCUUAUCAGAGCAGAUCCCCAGCAAGCACGGAUUCCUCUCCCCAGUCUACAAGGAAAGCUACAACCACCCUCUCCAGCGACACCACAGCAUGGAGGCGGCUCCCAAACGCUCCAGCACCUCUUCCAGUGGCUCCAUACGGAGCCCCAGGUCCUACCGCUCCGAGGGAUCGGGCCACAAAUCAGAAGCCAAAUACAUCGAGAAGACGUCCCCCACCACCGACACCAUCCUCACUGUGACGCCGGCCGCGGCCAUCCUGCGGGCAGAGGCGGAGAAGAUCCGUCAGUACAGCGAACACCGGCACUCCUACCCCAGCUCCCACCAAGGGGAGCAGCACGACAGCAUGGCGGGGCGAAAGCCCUCCAUCCUGGAGCCUCUGACCCGCCCUCGCCCCAGAGACCUGGCCUACUCCCAGCUCUCGCCUCAGUAUCACAACCUGAGCUACACCUCCAGCCCGGAGUACACCUGCAAACCGUCGCACAGCAUCUGGGAGCGCUUCAAACUCAACCGCAAGCGGCACAAAGACGAGGAGGAGUAUAUGGCAGCCGGCCACGCUCUACGCAAAAAGGUCCAGUUUGCCAAAGACGAGGAUCUCCAUGACAUCUUAGACUACUGGAAGGGUGUCUCUGCCCAGCAAAAGUCCUGAGUCCUCACAGAACUCGUGACUUAACACACUAACUGGACCAAAAAAAAAACCCAGAAACCCGCAGCAGCUAUUUUUAUUCAGACUGUCUUUGAAACAAAAAUAAAAAUGGAAAAAAAAAAUCAAUAAAAAAAUAAAAGAGAGAAGAAAUUAUGAAACAAACA